AUGGCCGACGUCCCGGAGACUCCCGUUGCCACGGCCAAGCGUCCCCUUGAGGAGCCCUCGUCCCCCUCUGGACCCACCGAUCAGCCCGAUGCCAAGCGUCCUGCUCUGGACAAGGUAUUGAAGGAUGACGGCGUUGACGAUGCUAACGUGGCCACUAAUGGUGAUGUCGCUGGUCAUGCUGCUGUGGAUAACGAGGCUACUGAGACGGUAGACGCGAAUGUCGUAGUAGUAUCAAGCACGGAAGAGAUUAAGCCGGAAGCAGAUGUCGCGGACAAGCAAGGUGAUACUGUGGUGCUGGAUGCUCCAACUAAUGGCACAUCAGCGGCACCAACCUCUGCCGUCGCCGAGAUGCCAAGCCAGUCGCCAGCUGUUUCACAUGCUCAAAGCGGCCGUCAAGGCUCACAGGCACCUAUGCCGUACCAUCAACAAGACGAGACUAGCUGGCUGCACAUGCGCGCCAUAAUAUCGAGCGCAGAGGCGGCCACAGUCAUCGGCAAAGGCGGCGAGAAUGUGUCGCAGAUCAGGCGUCUGGCUGGUGCCAAGUGCACUGUCAGCGAGUACUCGCGUGGCGCUGUCGAGCGCAUUCUGACUGUCAGUGGCCAUGUGGACGCCGUUGCGAAAGCAUUCGGCCUCAUCAUCCGCACACUCAACCAGGAGCCGCUCGAGGCACCUUCCACCCCUCAAUCCAAGACCUACCCGCUUCGUCUGCUUAUCCCGCAUAUUCUUAUUGGGUCUAUCAUCGGCAAGCAAGGCGUAAGGAUUCGCGAGAUUCAGGAGGCAUCUGGUGCUAGACUGAAUGCUUCUGAAUCUUGCCUUCCACUCUCCACGGAGCGCUCUCUUGUGGUUCUGGGUGUCGCUGACGCUGUCCACAUUGCGACGUACUACGUUGGCAGCACGCUCGUCGAGCAGCUGACCGAUCGUUUUGGUGGCCCAGCGGCUUCCAACUAUGCCAGCCGUCAUGGUGGAGGACCACAGGGCCCAGUACCUGGUGGUAUGCAAGUGGUGCCAUACGUCCCUCAGCACGCAGGUGGACAGAUGGGUCACCCAGACAACAACAUGCGCCGACCACCUCAUCCUCAGCAACAACAGCAGCGCGCACCCUCUCAAGGCUAUGGUAUGCCUGGUUACGGCAUGCCACCACAGCAGCCUCAAGCGCCAAUGCCUUACGGCGCCGGCUCUCCUCGCGCCGCCUACGCCGGCGCAGGCCCCCACCAACCCCAGCCUCACGGCGCCCACCCCACCCCAGGCUACGGCGGCGGCCCACCAAACCCCUCCCACGCCGGCCCACCUCAACAGCCAAUGCAAGGCAUGGUGCCCGGCCAACCCAUCACGCAACAAAUCUUCAUCCCCAACGACAUGGUCGGCGCGAUCAUCGGUAAGGGUGGCGCCAAGAUCAACGAGAUAAGACAGUUAUCGGGCAGCGUCAUCAAGAUCAAUGAGCCGCAGGAUAACAACAAUGAGCGGUUGGUUACGAUCACGGGGACGCAGGAGUGUAAUCAGAUGGCGUUGUAUAUGCUGUAUUCGAGGUUGGGGGAGAGUAGCGGUGGGAGUGCGUGA